AUGCCUCCCCUCAAGCUCAACAACCAAAACCUCGCGCAGAUUGCUGCGGCGGGUGAAGCGCAAGUCAAGGUUCCUACUUACUCCCGCGGUGGCGCUGUUAAGGAGGGAAUUGUCCACGUCGGCGUGGGCGGUUUCCAUCGCGCACACUUGGCUUACUAUGUCGACCUGCUGAUGCAGCAGGGUGUGACUGACUGGGCGAUUUGCGGUGUUGGCCUGCAGCCCUUCGAUGCCGGCAUGAGAGAUGUUUUGGCUGAGCAGGAUCACCUUUACACCCUCAUCGAACGAUCCGCCCAAGGCAGUUUUUCACAUGUCAUUGGAAGCAUCAAUUCAUACCUCUUCGCACCCGAUAACCGCGAGGCCGUUAUCGCGAAGAUGGCACACCCGGACACCCACAUCGUUUCCCUCACCAUCACCGAAAGUGGGUACUACUACAACGAGAACACCCACGAGCUCCAGCGCGAGCACCCCGACAUUCUGUUUGAUCUUGAUCCGGCGAACGAGAAAGCCCCUCGUACAACCUUUGGCUUCCUUUACGCUGCUAUGGCCCGUCGCCGCGAGGCUGGUCUGAAGCCCUUCACCGUCAUGUCGUGCGAUAACAUGCAGAAGAACGGUGCCAUCACACGCAACAUGCUUACAUCAUUUGCGCGCCUACGCGACCCUUCGCUCGCGGACUGGAUCAACGAGAAAGGCCACUUCCCGAAUGCCAUGGUUGACCGUAUCACACCUCAGACAUCAGCUGCUGAUAAAACGGCUCUCGCCGACAAAUUCGGUAUCCAAGAUGGAUGGCCCGUCGUCACCGAGCCCUUCACACAGUGGGUGAUCGAGGAUCAUUUCUGCGAUGGUCGCCCACCGUUCGAGAAGGUUGGUGUCCAGCUAGUUACCAACGUCCACAAGGUCGAGGAGUUCGAGAAGCACAAGUUGCGUCUGCUAAACGGUAGCCACUCCGCUAUCGGUUACCCAGGUUCGCUUGCUGGCUUCAAAUACGUGCACGAAGUCAUGGAGAACCCCAUCUUCCGUCGAUUUGUGUGGCAAAUGAUGCAGGAUGAGGUCAAGCCGCACUUGCCUGAUAUCCCAGGAGUUAACAUCGAUGAAUAUUGCAAUACCCUUAUGGAGAGAUUCUCCAACCCAACCAUCAUGGACCAGCUGCCUCGCGUCUGCCUCAAUGCCUCUGGCAAGAUCCCCCAGUUCAUCAUGCCCUCGAUCGCUGAAGCCAUUUGGGAUAACGGCCCAUUCCGCCGCCUGUGCUUCGUCGCAGCUGCAUGGUUCCGUUACCUUAAUGGCGUUGACGACAGUGGCAAGUCUUUCGAGAUUGAGGAUCCCAUGCGCGACGAGCUCCAGGCUAAGGCUCGUGCCGGUGGCACCAACCCAGCCGAGCUGUUGAGCAUCAAGAAUCUGUUCGGUGACGAUCUUCGCAAUGACCAACGGUUCAUUACAGAGAUAACGACCGCUAUGGAGCUUAUUGCCCGGGAUGGCAUCAUGAACACACUUCCAAAGUACAUUGAUUAA